UCCUAGCGCAGCCCCUGGGUCUCCUCGGUCUCCUCCCGCCCCCUGGAAGCGCGCUGCGCUGCCUAGUGUAGCGAAGCGCGGCUCGCCAUGGGGAACCCGGUACUCCGGCCGGUGCUGCUGCUGCCGCCCUUGCUGCUGUUGCUGUUGGUGCUGCUGCUUGUCUUGCCGAGCAGCGGCUUCCCAGGAUCUGGAGACUCACCGCUAGAAGAUGAUGAAGUCGGGUAUUCAUACACUAGAUAUAAAGACACUCCAUGGUGCUCUUCCAUCAAGGUGAAGUAUGGGGACGUGUACUGCAGGGCCCCUCCAGGAGGGUACUACAAAACGGCCCUGGGAACCAGGUGUGACAUCCGAUGCCGGAAGGGAUAUGAGCUGCACGGCCCUUCCCAGCUGAUCUGCCAGUCAAACAAGCUGUGGUCUCACAAGGUCAUUUGCAAACAAAAGCGAUGUCCUACACUUGCCAUGCCCACAAAUGGAGGCUUUAAAUGCGCUGAUGGUGCCUACUUUAACUCCCGGUGUGAAUAUUACUGCUCACCAGGAUACACACUGAAAGGGGAGCAGACAGUCACAUGUAUGGACAACAAGGCCUGGAGUGGCCGACCAGCCACCUGUGUGGAUAUAGAACCUCCUAGAAUCAAGUGUCCCAGUGUGAAGGAACGCAUUGCGGAGCCCAAUAAGCUGACAGUUCGGGUGUCCUGGGAGACCCCAGAAGGAAGAGACACAGCAGAUGGCAUUCUUACUGAUGUUAUUCUUAAAGGCCUUCCCCCAGGCUCAAAUUUUCCAGAAGGAGAUCACAAGAUCCAGUACACAGUCUAUGACAGAGCUGAGAACAAGGGCACUUGCAAAUUUCAAGUGAAAGUAAGAGUCAGACGCUGCGGCAAGCUCAAUGUCCCAGAGAAUGGUUAUAUGAAGUGCUCCAGUGAUGGUGACAAUUAUGGAGCCACCUGUGAGUUCUCCUGCAUCGGUGGCUACGAGCUCCAGGGUAGCCCUGCCCGAGUAUGUCAGUCCAACCUGGCUUGGUCUGGCACCGAACCCACCUGUGCAGCCAUGAAUGUCAACGUGGGUGUCAGGUCAGCAGCUGCACUUUUGGACCAGUUUUAUGAGAAAAGGAGACUCCUCAUUGUGUCCACACCCACAGCCCGAAACCUCCUCUACCGGCUACAGCUGGGAAUGCUGCAGCAAGCACAGUGUGGCCUGGAUCUUCGACAUAUCACAGUGGUGGAGCUGGUGGGUGUAUACCCGACCCUCAUUGGAAGGAUAAGAGCAAAGAUUAUGCCUGCACCCCUAGCUCUGCAGCUCAGGCUAUUGCUACGAAUCCCACUCUACUCCUUCAGUAUGGUGCUGGUGGAUAAGCAUGGCAUGGACAAGGAGCGCUUUGUUUCCCUGGUGACACCUGUGGCCCUCUUCAAUCUGAUUGACACUUUCCCCUUGAGAAAAGAAGAGAUGGUCCUGCAAGCUGAAAUGGGCCAGAGCUGUACUACCUGAUGUGAUGUUCCUUUCUCAGCAAUACCUCUCCUCUUUCUACAUGGUGCCACACACAUGGGAAGGCCUUAAAAGUCUUUGAUGUACAGAUUUUUAUUUGUAAUUUUUAAAGUCUAUUUUAUUUUGAGCUUUCUUUGGCCUUAAAAAUUGAUACAAUGCUAUUUUUUACUUUGAAAUAUUUCAAAAAUUAUGCUAACAUAUUUACUCUUUAAUCUUCCUAACUCCAUCAUGGCUGGUCAAUUUUGUAGGAAAAUUAGCAACU